AUAUCACCAUAAUACGUUUCUUUACAGGAAUAGACUUCUUAUUGUAUAUCUUUGUUCUUUAUCCUGAAGCCGUGAAGCGCCUCUAUGUUCUCAAGAAUCGGUCUGUACGGAUUUUGCGAAGCCCGAACACCACCAGCUGGAGCUUGCACCCUUUGCUAAGCUUCUACUGCGAUCCGCGAAGAUGCCUCCCCCCGUGCGCGCUGAGGUUGCGCUGGUGUCACUCCAGAAUUGCCUGGUCAACCUACCCCCGGGACUGAUUGCGCUGAUCAGCAACACCAAUAUACCAGCCCAAAAUGUUGUAGUCGAACUACAAUACCGGUCCCAGACUCUAUCUUCUGGGGCCGUCUCCAGUGGAAAUAGUGCUGGGUUUCAGCGAUCUGCCUAUGUUGGCUGGACUGGGAUGCCUAGCCGGACAAGACCGGCGUCACUAUUGAAUAACGACCGAGCCCGACCGGGAAGCAGAGAACAGGAUGCUCAAACUGUCGAAAUAGAUGCGACAUUUGCGAAAUUGCUUGGGCUCUCGGAGGGCCAGAAGAUUGGCAUUUUGGUCCAUCUUGACCCGCCUGUCGCCCACAGCAUCAAUAUCGAGCCGCUGACACCUGCGGAUUGGGAAGUCAUUGAGCUGCAUGCCACUUUCCUUGAGUUAAACCUUUUGUCUCAGAUCCGUGCACUUCCGAAUCCCGCGUACAGCAGCAAGACUACCGUUCAGGCAGAACAUACCCACCCCUUAACUCUGCAUCUGUCACCGACGUCGACCGCGAAUAUUGUCGUCACGUCUUUGGUACCACCUGUCCCGAAUACCAUCCCUUUCGCAAAGAUAGCUCCCGAUGCCGAAGUCAUUGUUGCACCCAAAACUCGGCCUAAAUCUAGUAGGAGCGAUAGGCGGGAUGCAAGGAGCACGGCAAGCAGGCGAAGCGGCAAAAGUGGUGUCAGCAAUGUCCGAAACAAGACAGGUCUAGCAAGGCCUGCGCUGUUCAUGCGAGCAAUCGAUCGAACAAUAGCAGGCAGCUUUUUCGACGAGGAUCGGAACGUAUCCCAAAACAAUAAGCUGUGUAUAUGGCUCAGCAACGAGGUGAUUGAGUCUGAGGGUCUAAGGGCGGCAACGUGGGCAAACGUCACUAUCAUUAAACCGGCUGGUAUGCGGGCUCAACUGGAUAGUAAUCAAGUCAACCGACUUAAGGAAGAAGAGAACAGCGAAGUUGGAAGACCGGCUUCUAAAGUGGUCGCCCAAAUCCUUCCCUGGCACACACCAAUCGACAGCAAUCACGCAGUUCUAUCGACCUCGCUUUGCAGCAUGCUUGGUGUAGAAGGGAUGGUUGGGAUCAUUGUUCGAAUUCAAGCCACUGGGCCACCAUUGCCCCGAUACUCUAUCAAACGGUUCCAGUUCUAUCCGUUUCUGCCCGCAAACUCGAAAAAGAAAGACGGCCUGCAAUUUGGCGGAGAUUCGAAAGCAGCAAAACAAGCACUGGCUGACAAAAUCCGACUGACAUACGCCGGGGAGGAUGGACUGCUGGCUGGGCCCAUCACUGACGGAAUGAUUCUUCCAGCCUCUGGAGACUCGUCUUCUGUGGCAUCAUUUGAUGGUGGAAUUCUGAGAUUCCGUCGUCCGGCCGAGGUCGAAGAAGACCAUGACAGUUCUUGUCUAUGGGUACUAGGACAAGAACAGGACCAUGAAUUCGAGAUCAAGGCUGAAGUAGCCCGGCCUGUGGAGCUGACGACCAUAUUCCCCAGCUUCGCCCACGGAAUACCGAGCAAGCUUCCCAACUUGAUUGGCGUCGAUGGGAUCUUGAAGCAAUGCUUAUCAAAUCUGACCCUGUGCUCAUCCGUGCUGUUGACCGGCGGCGUGGGGUCGGGCAAGACUUCGCUCGCUCAUUGCAUAUCACAAAGGCUGCGGGAGGAUUAUGUCUUCAACGUGACAUAUUUUGAUUGCCAGAAACUGGUCACGGACGAAACCCGAGUCUCUACAGUGAAGGAGACUCUCACGAGGUUGUUCAUGUCAGCAUCUUGGUGUGCAAGACUAGGCGGACAAUCAGUCGUCGUCUUGGACGAUCUGGACAAGAUUUGUCCCGCUGAGACUGAGCUAGAGGUCGGUAACGACAACGGUCGCAGCCGCCAGAUCACCGAGGUCCUUUGUGCCGUUGUACGCCAAUACUGCAGCAUCCAUUCUGGAGUCACUCUUCUGGCCACGGCACAGUCGAAGGACUCGCUCAACAGUAUUAUGAUUGGAGGACAUAUAGUAGGCGAUAUAAUCUCCAUAAAGGCUCCGACAAAGGAAAUCCGCCGAGACAUCCUGGUGUCUCUCACCAAUGAUGGGUCGCAAGUCGACAACCGUGGCCACAACCGAAAUCAAAGCGAUACCCAAAGCAUGUCCGAGACCUCGUGGAUGGAUCCAUCAAACCCGUCAUCAAGACCAACAUCUUCCGCUUCAUCACCACCGGUGGAGGGCUUCCGCGUUGCGCCCAGCCUCGACCUACUCGAUAUCGCCGGAAAAACCGACGGUUACAUGCCUGCCGACCUCGUACUCCUCCUGGCCCGUGCCCGAAACGAAACCCUGACGCGCAUGAUAUCAGAAAACGACGACUCAGACGCACCACCCACUCUGACAAAGGUUGACUUCGACGCUGCGUUGAAGAACUUCACGCCUUCUUCCCUCCGCAACGUGACAUUGACUCACUCGACUACUACAUUCUCCUCCAUCGGCGGCCUACACGGCACCCGCAAUACUCUCCUCGAGACCCUCCUCUACCCGACGAAAUACGCGCCCAUCUUCGCCCGCUCUCCACUCCGCCUCCGCUCGGGACUGUUGCUCUACGGAUACCCGGGCUGCGGCAAGACACUCCUCGCCUCUGCCGUAGCCGGUGAGUGCAACCUCAAUUUCAUCUCCGUGAAAGGCCCGGAAAUCUUAAACAAGUACAUCGGUGCUUCUGAAAAAUCGGUUCGAGAUUUGUUCGAGCGCGCCCAAGCUGCGAAGCCAUGCGUCUUGUUCUUCGACGAAUUUGACAGCAUUGCACCCAAGCGUGGACAUGAUUCCACUGGCGUGACAGACCGAGUGGUAAAUCAGAUGCUUACGCAGAUGGAUGGCGCCGAGGGGCUGGAAGGUGUGUACGUACUGGCGGCGACCAGUAGGCCGGACCUGAUUGACCCGGCCCUACUCAGACCCGGACGGCUGGAUAAGAGUCUAUUGUGCGAUAUGCCGGAUAUGAACGAUCGGAUGGAUAUCUUGAAGGCAGUCAGCACGAAACUGCGACUGAAGCCCGAGGUUGAGAAUCGGUUACUCAGCGUUGCGCAGCGCACCGAAGGCUUCAGCGGCGCAGACCUCCAGGCGCUCAUGUACAACGCGCAUCUAGAGGCGAUCCACGACUUGUUAGGCGACAAGCCCUCCGACCAGCAAAAGGGUCGGGAAUUGGUCAACGGAACCAACAGCAGCAACGGUGGCAGCGGCGCUGGUGGAGGCGGGAAACGCCGCAAACGCCACAGCACCGCAGGCAAGCAUGACUUCUUCCACUUUCUGUAUUCGCCUGAAGAGGACGCGCUGGCAAGGAAGUCACUCGGCACGGGCGCCUCGGCGAUGGAGUCCAAAGCCGCCAUUGCCUCGAAGAUCGACGAGCUGAAACUAGCGCGCAAGCGCGAAAAGGCGGCCCUGAAGAACAGCCUUGCACGGCGCACAUCGUCCUCCACUUCCGUACCUCCCAACGACGGCGUGCCCGACGGAGACGCAGACGACGCGGAGGCCAGCGGCGCCGGCAAGGACGAGGUGGUGAUCGAGUGGCGACACAUGGAGAAGUCGCUCGCGACGACGCGCAGCUCCAUCAGCCCCGAGGAGAAGCGCCGCUUGGCAGCCAUCUACCAGGAGUUCGUGGUCGGGAGGAACGGCGAGAUGCCCUCGGGCCAAGGCGGGAGGGAGGUCGGCGGCAGGACGAGUUUGAUGUAAAUCAGCAACCCGAGUCAAGAUGGGGAUUCGUGUCCAGAAGAGCUACCAAUCCACUAUACCAUACUAUACUGUACGAACCCGUGCCGUACAUCGUCUGAUAUAGUGUCAAGAGACAAAAUUUCCAGACAGUCGGACGAGUUGUGAUAUAUCCGCAACUCUCCCAUUGGAAAUUGAGAACCGCUUUAGGUUUCACGCAAGGUGAGAUGUGUUAAUAUUCUUCCUCUCGACAGAAACAUAUACGAGGGCGCAUGCACCAGGGCGGGAAGAGAAGGCAGGAGCGAAGAAAAGUGCAGAGAAAAUGGCCCAAGCGCCUCACGCGCAUAGACGGAGAGGAAGCCGGCGACGAGGUUCGGAUUCUGGAGAGUUGAGAUUCGUACGUACUGCGUACACGGGCGGCGGCCCACUUUUGCCUUUCCUCUAUUCAUGCCGCGUGGUCCCAAUAGCCAGCCAGCCCUCUCUUGCGUGGCUCUUGCUACCUAGAAGUCGAAUCUGCUUUGUCCGCUGGUGGUGGUGACAAGCUGCGCUUGCACUUUGAAGUUGGAAAAUAGGAGCGGAAGAAGGAUAUAAACCAAUACAGGAACU